AACUAAGACGAAAGGGCUUAGUGUAAAGUCAGUUCAUUCUGAGAUCCUCCUCUCAGGUUUGUGUGCAGUCUGUCUGCUGACAGCUGCAGCAUUGGCAGAAGGGAUCUGCACAUUGACAUGUUCCCUAUCUGACAGCUGUUUUAGUUUAUAAAAAAGUUUGUAAUAACAGAUGAUAUCAAAUAAGUCUUAGAUGUAUCAGGGUUUCACCUCUGAUAUGAGUGCAUGGAUUAAAGCAGUUACAAGGUAACAGGUAAAGAAAGUGUAUCACAUAUAAUCAUAGGAGUUUGGACAUGAUCAUUUAGUAACAAGUGAAUGAUUAUGAGUAAUUCAAGUUGUCUUGAGAGCCUCGAGGGCAUGGAACUUUGCAGUGGCUUUUGGCCAGGUCAAACACUUAAUUCGUUUUCACUUAGGGACAAGCACAUGAGAUUUUCCUGACAGGUAAACAGAGGUUCAUUUAGUUUGGAAUCUGUCAGUUUAGGACCAUCUUUGCCAUGCGUGUGUCACAACGUCAAUAAGAUCAGUAAACUUGCAGUUCAGGCAUUUGCCACAAAGAGUACUGUUCACCUUACACAAAAUGCAUAGGGGAACGACCAUUAUUUGAAGAGCCAGAAGGCAUUCACAGUUUUUUUUAAAUAGAAAUGUAGAGUGAGAAAUUGUGAAAACGAAUCUGCAUGCCUUAAAGUCAUUAUUCAUUUUGUGUCGCUUGAUGAAUACACUAUAGGUACACUGUUAAAUCAUACGUUUAGUUUAUGUUUGGAAUUAAUAUUAAUCGGUUCCUGGGUUUAAGAAAGAAAGUACAUUAGUAAAGGAAAUUCCAUAGAGGUAAUUAGAAAAUGCACGUGCCACUGGAGCAAAGAACACAUCCAGGUGAGCAAACAGUUGCUGAUGUGUCUGGUAAUUGUGCAUGCUAAUGCAGGCGCCUGCUUAUACAAGCACACACAAUACCAAACAGAAUAACGUGGGUACUUGUGCAUGCUUUGUGUGUGUGUGAGAGAGAGAGAGCGGAAGAAAGAAGUGGUAGUGUAGAGGUGGGGAAUAUUCCCAUUAUUUGGGAAAGGGAAGACCACAGCAGUAUAGUCUUACUGCUCAUUGCCUUCAUCCGUUAAUUGAGAAAAAGGUUACCUUAGAUGCCCCACAUCCUCUCAGCUUCAGAACCAUGAUCGUUCAACCUUUACAACCUUACACUGGUUUUUACGCGUGCACGUGUGCGCCGCAACGCUCCUGUGAGUAUAGGUCGUGUACCGCCAUGCAAAUGAAGGCAUACGUGUUCUUUACAGCGAAACUGUGGUUUGUUGGUUUAUGCACCGGGACCACGAGACCUUCUUACUGAAGUCAUUUUACGAUAAAACUUUAUUAAUCCACAGGGGCAGUUUCAGAUAGUGCUCUUACUAGCAAUAUACAUGAGAUAUCAUGAAGUUACGAUGAAAAGACUUUGUGGAAAAUAAUUUAUGAUGAGAAAGCCCCCUCUCCCAACAAAGGUUGUUUGGAGUUUAAACUCCUUCAUAUCAAGUUUUCGUCGGUCCCAGGUAGCGCUGGAUUUUCAGAUUGCUUCAUUUGCUAGUGAUGAGCACUGACAACAUGACCAAAAUCGCUGUACUGAAAUGUAAAAUAUACAUGUUUAAAAUUACCUGGUAAUGCACUGGGGGGAAUAAUAGCUAUAAAGUUUAUUUAUUAUGCUGAUGGAGCCGACUGUCGAAUAAGGAGACAGAUACAUUGUUCACAAUUCCAUUAGCGACAGUUUUAGGAAUUCGGAUGAAGCUCAGAUGUCUGUGUACAUGUAUAUGUUUCUUACCUAUCAUCUCUACCUCUUUUCUUUGUAGCGUUGAGCUGUUUUUCCUCUAAUUGGAGUAACAAAUGAUUUUGAUAAGAGCUUUAUGAACCAUGCAAGAAUCGUGUAGAAGCCAGUCUACACCUUUACAACAGGGGUGGGGAACGUCCGGUCCGCGAAAUCAUUUGAUCCGGCCCGCCAAGACAACCACAAAUUUAUUUAGAUUAAAUGAAUCAUAUUAAUCAUUGAAGGACAAAUAAGUGGGAACGUCCAUUUUGAUGUCGGCUGUUGAUAAACGUAGCGUUCUUCGACCAUGUCGACUCGUACAAAAAAAACAACAACAGCAACAACAACAACAAUGAUCGUCGACAUUUCUGCGUACCCUAUAAACAGUUCAGGCCUACAAAUGUUCAGCAUUAUCCUUUAUGGAUCUCCAAAGGAUGAGCAACUAAACAAGAUUUGGCUAGUAAAAAUUCUUUUGAUUUUAUGAGCUUGUUUGUGCACAUGCAAGCAUAUCUGUGUGUGUAACAUGAGUGUAGACACUGUAAAUGCCAUGAACUCCUCCAUCAGGAAGAGGUAUGUGUGUACUAAAUAGUCAUUAUUAUUACUAUACUUUCGCUAUAAUUUUAUUAUAUAAUUACUAUAUAAUCUUCUUUAGGGACUUCCUAUUAUAAACUUUUAUUUUACAGAGUCCAUGCAGUUGUUUGUGCUUUUCAUAGUGACCGAGCAUUGUGAUGACUCAGAGGACAGCAGUGCGAGGCAGGCUGGGAUUGUACACGUUAAGUAGAGAAUUUUGUGUCCCGCGAAUGAAGCUAUAAAUCUCAAAAUGGCCCUUGGAGGAUAAAAUGUUCCCCACCCCUGCCUUAGAAGUACUGUAGUAUCUGCUCUCCUGUAUUCAGUGUCCUCUUAACCCCUCAUCAUUUUUUGUCCAGUCUCGGAAGACCUACGAAGCCAGGUAAAGUAGCUGAUUAAAAAAAAAGCGGUCGCAGUACUACCGACAACGUUUAUGUAUUGAUUACCUAGUCCGAUGAUUUUCCUGGAGAGCUUCAGGAAUGAGUAAAGGCCUAUUCCCACGCUGCAAUGUUUCUUGUACAAGAACUUGCGCAUAGACAGCUUUGCGCAAUGCGUCCUAUUCCCACGUAGCAAGGCCACACAAGUGUCUUGCGAACUGACGUCAUCCGCACACUGCAUUGUGGGAAGUUAACAAUAUGGCAGGCUACAUCGAAGACGAGAUACUUUUCGAAGCAACUGUGGCGACUCUAGUUAUUUUACAUGAAGAGGAGAGAGAGAAGAAGAAAGAAAAAAAGAUGUGGGUGAGGGAGUGGGUAGCUCGAAGGAGCCGAUUCGGAGCUUAUUCGUGUCUGCUUAAAGAAAUAUCGUCAGAAGAUUCACGGGAGUGCAGACGCUUUUUGCGCAUGUCGUCUGCCACAUUUUAUGAACUGCUUCAUUUAAUCGAGCCUGCAAUUCGCAGACAAGACACUGUCAUGAGACAGUGCAUACAAGCAGAAGAAAGACUGGCAGUGACCCUGCGUUACCUUGGUUCAGGCAAUUCAUUUGCUGACCUAGCAUUCCUUUUCCGGAUUCCAGGCAACACCAUCCACAAAAUUGUGAUGGAUACGUGUGCAGCAUUGUACAGGAUUCUUCGAGUGGAUUUUUUAAAGGUUCCAAGUACUGAGGCAGAAUGGCAACAAAUUUCACUAGAAUUUGCACAGCGAUGGAAUCUACCAAACUGCAUUGGAGCCAUAGAUGGCAAGCAUGUUGCCAUUCGGUCCCCUGGUGGGUCAACACACUAUAAUUAUUUAAAGUUCCACAGCAUCAUUCUUCUGGCAGUUGUAGAUGCAAAAUAUAGAUUUCUGUAUUUUAACGUGGGAGCAAAUGGCAGGGCAGGUGAUGCUGGUGUUUUCAGAGACAGUACUCUAGCUGCUGCUCUUGAGAACAACACUCUUAAUAUUCCAACACCAGUGCCUCUCCCAGGCCGUGUUACACCUGUCCCAUAUUUUAUUGUAGGGGACGAUGCCUUUCCCCUUAAACCAUAUUUACUAAAGCCAUUCCCAUUCAGAAGAGUCAUUCAGAACCUACAAGAUGCUGAGGAGGAGAUGGAGAGGAGGCGACAGCGAAUUUUUGACUAUAGAUUGUCGAGAGCGAGAAGAAUUGUAGAAAACGUGUUUGGCAUUCUGGCGGCACGCUUUGGUGUUUUACAGAAACCAAUGGCCCAUAGCCCGGAACGGGCCACAACAGUAACACUAGCAUGUAUUGCACUCCACAACUUCUUAAGAUCUAAAGUGGACCAAGAGUUUGUGCCACCCUGUUUCAUUGACAGGGAAGACACUGAAAGCCAUAGAUUAAUUGAGGGAGACUGGCGCCAGAAUCCACAUCAGCUGCAGCCCCUUAACAAUGCGGCAGUCAACAGGUCUUCCACUGAUGCCAGACUUGUGCGCGAGGAAGUGAAAAAUUACGUGAAUGAGGAGGGCACCGUGCCAUGGCAAAGUCAUAUUGUAUUUGGUUAAGAUUUGAGUAAGUAUAUGAGCAUGAUGCUUGAACGAUUUGAAAUUGAUAAAUGUAUAGUAUUUCAAUGUUGCCCUUGUAUCCGAUACAAUCAUUGGACAGCAGAACCAGUUGAACAUUCUUUUUCAGUGCUCACAGUCUUUAAAUCUUACUGUUAAUCUUGAUAAAUCAAAUGUCUUGAUUUUUUGAAAUGGUGGUUUUAUAUGUGGUUAAGAAAAAUGGUUAUGUGGUAAUUCUUUUUUUAAAAUUGUGAAUGUAUACAAAUACUUGAGUAUAGUUUUCUCCACAAGUUGUAUUUUUACACAUGCAUUAGAAGAUAUUGCUGAAAAAGCAAAGAGGGGAGUUAUAUGUAUUCUCAAACUGUUAUGGUACAUUGGUGAUACUUCACCUAACCUGUUUUUCAAACUUUUUGAUGCACAGGUCCAGUCAAUACUUUUAUAUGGCUCUGAAAUAUGGGGUCUGUGUACCAGUAAUGAUAGCAUGGAGAAGGUUCACACCUUCAAAAAGGUUAUAAACUGAAACUGUUCCUACAAAUCCUGAAGCAGAGACUGAUAAACUGUCACCACCAACAGUGGCAUAAUGCUAUUCAAAGCAUUUCAAGAUAUUUCCCAUACAAUACAUUCAAGACUCCUAUUAUUUUAAGCAGCUAUCUUGUCUGGUUGAAACACAGAGGCAUAAAAGAUACCUUCAUAAAAUUUAGAAUGGGUAUAACUGUACUUAAAUGCCAUCAGCAGCGUUAUUUUUUAACUCAAUCAGAAUGUUUGAACUGCCCCUUUUGCCCUGACAUAGUUGAAACUGAACAGCACUUUCUCCUUACAUGCCCUAAAUAUAUGGACCUUCGUAAACUUUUCAUCUCUAAAAAAUAUUCCAAGCACCCUUCCCUUUUCCAUUUCAGAUAAUAGAUUGAAAACUGCACAUCUUGCCUCUUUUGUUUAUAAUGCAUUGGAAAUAAGAAAAACUGUGACUUAGACCAAAGAUAUGUUACUGUUAGUUGGUUAUAUGUUGUCUUGUGA